UCAGCGCGAACACGUUGUGGCGCCGAAAGCGAAGCCGACGUCCGCAUCGAUCAGAACUCUUUUGCGUCGGAGAUUUGAAUUUGUUUACAAAUGUAUAAAAUUUUUUGAACAUUUAUUAUAUCUUUAGUGGACAGUGGAAACGUUGAAUUGUGUUUGUGAUUGUUUUAAAACAUUUUAUUUUACUACCACAUAACUAUUUAUGUGUGAUUUUCUUGAUUGAAGCGGAGAAGUGAAUGUGAAAAGUUGAAAACGCCCGGAAGGACGGGUCGGCUCUCCCUUCAUAUUUCCGCAACAGGUCUAUAAUGACUGUAAGAAAAGGAAGCCGAAGUGGAGGUUUAGCAUCAAUAGUUUUAAGACAGAAACUCCACAACUCCAAUCAGCAAGUGGACGUAGGAAGUGUUAGCAAGACUACUAUUUACAAUUUCAACGUCAUCGUUGGGUUCAACGACAAAGACCAACUACAGUUAAUAACUAAAGAAGAAAGCAAUGAAGAUGAUACGCAAAAGCUUAAAGAUACGAAGAUUGGCAGGCACGAAAAUAUUUCAAUAGACGAUAUAGUCGACUGUGCUAAUAUUGAUAACUAUCCAAAUUGUGAAAACAUACUAGUCUUCUACAUUACUAAGAGCCCAAACAAAGAAGCGAUUGCUCUGAGAUUUAAAAACGAGCAGGAUUUUAAGAGAAUAUAUUUCACGUAUAAAUAUUUCAAAAUGAGAAAUAGAUUAACGAGAAACGCGACAAAUUACUCUAGUAACGAUACACUGUUUUCUAAAAAGAAAAACACUGACUCGUACCGAAUAAAUAGUGUUGAUGAUUAUAAUCAUUACGAUAAGACGCGUUCCGAUUUUGAUCUGAUGCAAACAAUUGAUAGCGAUGGGAUAACUCAUAUAUCUGUACACCAAAAAGGAUCGCGCUUCGAUCAACCGUUGAGUCUGAUGGGGCUUAGAAAUGAACGAGAGGCAGGAGAAAUAGAUAGUGUUAUUUACACAGAUAUAGAAAUACCGAGUAAACCUGAAAAGAAGCGACUAUUCCACAAGAAAGCUAAAGCCCCUCCACCACCUUUAUUACCAAUUAAUAAAGAAACUCCUAAAGUUCUCAAAGGAGAGUUUGUGAGGGUUAAUGUUGAGAGAUCACCAGACGUGAUACCAAAGGAAAAUAAGCAGAACAAAAUACCCGAUAUCCUCAUGUUUAAAGACAGUAAAUCUAAAAAAGGAAGUCCGAACAGCAACUUGUGGACGAUCAGCAAUAAAGUAAACAGCGGCUACGAAUCGGACAGAGAAGAAUGGGGAAACAGUCGGUCACAGUUCUCAACCAGAGCCUUUGAUAGCCUCGCGCGUCCAACUAAAAUAGCGAUGGCGCUUACGCUGAAAAAACCCCAAAGACUCGAACCAGCGCCGCAAUACUACCGCCUGACAAGUGAAACGAAGCCAAAACUUACACCGUUGCCCUUCAGACCAAACAACUUCCUCCAAAGACCACCAAGAUUACCUCGUCCCAAUACAGACAUCAAAAGAAACCUAAGCACAGACCAUAGAAAGUAUGCUUCGCUACAAAACUUAGAAAUCCCCAUGAAACUUAGUGAACCCAAAAAGCAGCAUGACAAGAAAGCUAAUUAUACAAAUAUCUCCAAUAGAAUAACAGGUUUGACGAAUAAAUUAAGAGAUUUAAGUAAUGGCAAUACUAUUGGCAGGUUCAAAGCACAAUCCCAUGGUGACGUAGCUAAUUUAAAACCAGUAUUGAAGGUGAAUGUGCACGACGGAUCAAAAAGAUCUGUUGUGAGGACAUGCAGUGCUGAACCACCAAAGAAAGUUACGUUUAGUGCCUUCGCCACGGUUCAAGUGGUUUAGAUUCAUAAUCAGUAGUUUUUUUGAAAUUAUGAGUUUACCUAUGAUUAUAUCAAAAUAAUUACUAUACCUAUCGAAUGUUUAUGUAAUCAUCAUAUAAUAUUAUCUACUACACCUUUUCAAUUUUAUAUUCAACAAAUAAGAUGUUAAAUAAGACGUAGAAUUAAAUUUAAAAAUCAUUAAAAUUAUUUAAAUAAAAAACUUUGAUUUUGGGAAACUGGGCCGGGAUUGUGUUAAUAUUUAAUAACAUACAUACUUAAGUAUUUUCAAGAAACUAAGGUAUGGCUUUGGAGAGGUGUGCAUAUGCUAUGUAAGGAACAGUGUUUUGACACUUUUGCAUUCUUCCUCCGAAAAUCCUAAUACAAUUCUUAAAUAAUAUUUUUGUUUGCUUACUGUCUGUUCGUUAUUAAUUGUUCUCUUAUUUGUAUACGUGCCUUAUAAAGGUUUAUUUAAGGUAUUUAAGGAUAGUAAAAAUAAU